AUGGCAACAUCAACUUUCAGGAAAGUUUGCACCCUACUCUCCUUGUUCCUGUUUGUUCAUCAUGUGGUUUUAUCAUCAAAUGCUGAUUCAGCUUCUGCUGAAGAAGUUAUUGCUCUUCUCAAAUGGAAAAAUACCCUUUCAAACCAAACUCAAUCUCGCCUACGUUUAUGGACUUCUCUUCCCAAUGCUUCUGCAAAUUCAAACUACAGUACGGAUCUUUGUACUUGGUUUGGUAUUUCUUGCAAUCCUGCUGGAAGUGUUGUCAGAAUGAACCUUACUAGCUUUGGCUUACAAGGUACACUUCAUGGAUUUUCUUUUUUGUCUUUUCCAAAUCUCGAGUAUCUUGAUCUCUCUAUGAACGCUUUAUUUGGGAACAUUCCGCCUCAAAUUAGCGACCUAUCUAAACUCAUCUAUCUUGAUUUGUCUGUCAACCUAAUGUCAGGAAAAAUCCCACAGGAAAUAGGCCACCUAAGCUCUCUAGCCUGGCUUCAACUUUUCAAAAACCGUUUAGAAGGUCACAUCCCUUUUUCUUUGGAAAAUUUGAGAAAUCUUACAUUUUUGAAUCUUUGGGGAAAUAAACUUUCUGACUCCAUUCCUAAAGAACUAGGUCACCUCACUUCUCUAACCAAACUAUCCCUUUCCCAAAACUGUUUAGAAGGUCCCAUCCUGUGACGCCCCCAAAUUCCGUUUGGGAUCGGACGGACAUUUGAAGCGUCGAGACAUGCAACACAAGGUUACCUGC